UCUGAUGGACUGAGAGCCCGGACGCUCCGGCUCGGUCUGUCCUGGAACAUGAAGCGUUGUGAACGGAGCCGAACUCUGACUGAUGAAAACACGGAGAGACGCAGGAGUCCGUCUGAGGAGGGAAGACGUCCAGAGUCUGGACCGGAUCCUGAUGGUCCAGAGUUCUCCUGAUCACUACAUCUACUUAUUCUUUAAAUCUGUUUAUUUAUUUAUUUAUUUUAUUUAUUUAUUUAUUUUUUUUUUUACCACAGCGUGGACAUUUUUCUCCUUCAAAAUGUUUACUUUUAUACCAAAAUGUGUUUUUCAGAAUUCCUUGAGUCCAACAUGAGGAAACUGUGGAACAGUGGUGUAAAUCUGGAACCUCCCCUCUGUUCUAUUCAGUUCUCUUCUCUUCUGUGGAGACCCAUGCCCCCCCCGGCCCCCUCCUCACUGCUCUCCAUAACGGUCCUGUGCUGCGCGCUCCCGCCGCUCGCUCCCGGGGCGGGGCUCGUGUCCGCAGCGGAGCAGCAGUGCUCGUAACACCGGGCAGUGUGCACCGACGGCCGGGCAGCGGCUCCAGCCGCUGGACGGACCGAAGUACCGGAGAGAAGAAGACCCGAGGCCCGAAGACCCGCUGGGGGAGGAGCGGACCCCGGAGGCCCGAGACCCGCAAACCCGCAGACCCGAGACCUGCAGACCCGCAGACCCGAGACCCGCAGACCCGAGACCUGCAGACCCGCAGACCCGCAGACCCGAGCCCCGCAGACCUGAUCCAGUGCGCGAGUUGCGUGUUUUCUGCACAUUGGUGAUGGAGGCGCUGCGCCACCCAGACCAUCCUCCAGCCUCCACUCCAUCACAGUGAGCUGCUGGAAGCAGACGAGCCACCGGAAGUGUUUGUGUGUGUGUGUGUGUGUGUGUGUGUGUGUGUGUGUGUGUGUGUGUGUGUGUGUGUGUGUGUGUGUGUGUGUGUGUGUGUGUGUGUGUUGACUGUGCGGUGCCAGUCUCGUGCAGUAGGAUGGUCCGCGGCGUCAGGGUGGAGGAGCGGAGGCUGAGGAUGCUGAGGUGGAGGCUGAGGGAGCUGUUCAGGCAGUACCCGCUCUUCUGCUUCCUGCUGCUGCUGCUGCUGCUCUGCACCCUGCUGCUCAACAGGUACCUCCACAUCAUGCUGGCCUUCUGGUCCUUCCUGGCCGGUCUGGUCUGCUUCUACUGCUCUCUGGGUCCAGAGUCUCUGCUGCCCAGCGUCCUGCUGUCCGUCAGGCCCAGGACCAAGGCCUUCCAGCAGGAGCUCUUCCCUCUGGGCCACAGCUGUGCCGUCUGCGGGAAGAUCAGGUGUAAACGACACAGACCCACCCUGCUGCUGGAGAACUACCAGCCCUGGCUGGACCUGAAGGUUCCGUCUAAGGUGGACGCGUCGCUCUCGGAGAUCCUGGAGCUGGUUCUGGAGAACUUCGUGUACCCGUGGUACAGGGACAUCACGGACGACGAGGCCUUCGUGGACGAGCUCAGAGUGACGCUGCGGUUCUUCGCCGCCGUGCUGGUUCGCCGGACGCAGAAGGUGGACGUGGCGGCGCUCAUCACCCAGAAGCUCCUCCGAGUGUCCAUGAAGCACAUCGAGGUCAUCAGCAAGGCCCGGCAGAGAGUGAAGAGCCCGGCGUUCCUGCAGCAGGCGGCCCUGGACGAGUACGGCCCGGACCUCCACGUGGCCCUGCGGAGCCGGCGUGACGAGCUGCUGUACCUGCGCCGCCUCACCGAGACCCUGUUCCCCUACAUCCUGCCCCCCAAGGCCUCCGACUGCAGAUCUCUCACUCUGCUGAUCAGAGAGGUCCUGGCCGGCUCUGUCUUCCUUCCCUCCAUGGACUACCUGGCUGACCCUGACACCGUCAACCAGCUGCUGCUGGUCUUCAUGGAGACGUCCCCGCCCGAGGACCCGGCAGAACCCCCCUCCGCCCCGGUGCCCUUCCUCUGCAGGUACUCCCACCCCCGCAGCACCAAGCCCUCGGUUCUGAAGCUGGAGCUGAAGGAGAUCCGGGAGCAGCAGGACCUGCUGUUCCGCUUCAUGAACUUCCUGAAGCAGGAGGGCGCCGUGCACGUUCUGCAGUUCUGCCUGACCGUGGAGGAGUUCAACGACCGGAUCCUGCGGCCGGAGCUGUCGGACGGCGAGAAGCGGCUGCUGCACGAGGAGGUGAGGACGAUCCACCAGACCUACUGCCUGGACCCCAGCCCGGACAAGAUCCGCUUCAGCCCCUUCAUCGUGGACGAGAUCCGCAACGUGGCCCAGGGGCCCUAUCCGGACGUGGUGAGGCUGCAGACCAUGCGCUGCCUGUUCGAGGCCUACGAGCACGUCCUGUCUCUGCUGGAGAACGUCUUCACCCCCAUGUUCUGCCACAGCGACGAGUACUUCCGUCAGCUGCUGAGAGGCGCUGAGUCCCCGGCCAGAAACUCCAGGAUGAGCAGAAAUAGCCUCAGUAUGGAUGACAUCCGUUCCUGGGACUGGAGCCCCGAGUCUCCGUCCGGCAGCUCCUCACCUGCAUCCUUUAGCUCCCUCCAUGCCCAGCCCUCCCUCACCACCCUGCCAUCCGGCUCGCUCUCCCACCGCCACUCAUCUCCCAAGAACCCGUCCAGGAGGGGCGAGUCCUUCGGGAUCGGACGCAUCGGCAGCAAGAUCAAGGGCGUGUUCAAGAGCACUACCAUGGAGGGCGCCAUGCUGCCGGCGUCCGGCCUGCCGGAGGGGGAGGACGACAUGGUGGAGGAAGCCAUGAUGGUGCUGGAGGACGACUCCCCGAUGGAGGCGGCCUCCACCCCGAGCACCCCCCGAAACCUGUCGGCCUGGAGCAUCACCAUCCCCUACAUCGACUUCUACGACGACGACAUCAAGAGGGAGCGCAUCCCCGUGUUCUGCAUCGACGUGGAGCGCAACGACCGCAAGGCAGUGGGACACGAGACGGAGCACUGGUCUGUCUACCGCAGAUACCUGGAGUUCUACGUCCUGGAGUCCAAGCUGACCGAGUUCCACGGCUCCUUUCCAGACGCUCAGCUCCCCUCCAAGAGGAUCAUCGGCCCCAAGAAUUACGAGUUCCUGACGUCCAAGCGGGAGGAGUUCCAGGAGUACCUUCAGAGGCUGCUGCAGCACCCAGAGCUCAGUAACAGCCAGCUCCUGGCGGACUUCCUGUCCCCUCACAGCAUGGAGUCCCAGUUCCUGGACAAGAUGCUUCCUGAUGUCAACCUGGGCAAGAUCAUCAAGUCCGUCCCCAGCAAGCUGAUCAAGGAGAAAGGACAACAUCUGGAGCCGUUCAUCCAGUCCUUCUUCAACUCCUGCGAGUCUCCCAAACCCAAACCCAGCCGGCCUGAGCUCACCAUCCUCAGCCCCACCUCGGAGAACGACAAGAAGCUCUUCAACGAGCUCUUUAAAAACAACGCCAACCGCUCGGAGCUGACGGAGAAGAGACACAACCAGAACUGCUUCCUGGAGAUGAUCUCGGUGGAGGGCGUCUACGACUACCUGAUGUAUGUGGGACGGGUGGUGUUCCACAUCCCGGACUGGCUGCACCACCUGCUGAUGGGGGGCAGGAUCCUGUUCAAGAACACGCUGGAGGCCUACACUGAACACUACCUGCAGUACAAGCUGGACCAGGUGGUCCAGGAGCACCGCCUGGUCUCCCUCAUCACCCUGCUGCGAGACUCGGUGUUUUGUGAGAGCAGCCCUCCUCGUUCCGCUCCGGACAGGCAGAAAAGAGCGAAGCAGACGUUUGGGGAGAUGAUGGCUUAUAUUCCAGACUUUCUGGGGAAGUGUAUCGGCGAAGAGGCCAAAUAUGAAGGAGUGCGUCUGCUGUUCGACGGACUGCAGCAGCCGGUCCUCAACAAGCAGGUGUGA